UUAUAAUGUUUUUGGCGAAUCAACAAUUUCGCUCUCUUAUAUGCAGUAACGUUCCCUUAGAGUACAAUAAUGAUAACGACCUGUAUAAUCAUUUCGCAAAAUACGGAAAUGUUCAAGCUGUGGUACCUGCUCCUACUAAAGGACGUGCUAAAGUUGUAUUUGAAAUGGCCCAUGAAGCUAUGCAUGCGAAGCAAAGUGGGGCUAAAAUUGACAUGUCACUGCCUCCAAUGCGACUAUUUUUUGCAGACGAUAACAGAGUUUCACGUGUUGCUUAUAACGAACACGAAAAAGGACGAGAUGACUCGGAUAUUGAGCGGAUCCGAGAUUCACGUGAUCAAGUACGUGUAAACAGAUCACGAAGAGUGAACUCGACCGAAAGUUUGUCAGAGCAUGAACCAUUGACCAUUAGAACUCACCUUAACCAAGCGCGCCGAGCUAUUUCUUUGCAUCAGCCGAGAAAUACCACAGCUUUUCAAACCACUUUGAGCGAAGCAGAGUCAUUUGCCUCUUCGAGAUUCAAGAAAAUCAAUUCUCCAAAAAGUCCUUUAGGAGGCGAAAUUACGAAAACGAAAAGUAGCUUAGUUGAUUCGAAUAGGAAAGCGGGUGACAAACUUCUGCGUAGAGCUCGUUCAAAUCAAUUAAAGUCUACUUCAGUAUUUGUCAAGGUCAAUCGGUCAAAUAUGGUGGACAACGCAUUACCAGAUAAUGAACCUCGACAGACUGUCUUUGGCAAAGUUGAACCACUAGGAGCCUCCUCAGUAUUUGGAAAGCUAAAGGAGACGUCUGGCGCCACGUUUGCGUUUGGCCUUGGUGGAUUGUCAGCGCCUGGAAGUAAAAUAUUUGAAAAUUUCGCAGUUAAUACCAAUGAAUCUAUUACGAGUAUAGCUCCCCCGAGGCUUAAAAGAUCUCUACACGAUGAUAAUGAGGGUGAAAAAUCUAUCAAAUCAGAAUUGGCUCCUUCCAAAAAAUUUGCCGGAUCACAAAAAGUCAAAAUGGACACAGAAGUUGUAACUAAUGUUGGCCAAUUGUCGUUGGCUGCCAAAAUUGAAAAACUGAAAACACGUGACGAGGGGUUGCGGAAAACAACGCUAAGUGGCGCAAAGGGAAAUAUUCUUGUCGGAACUCUAGAUCAAAUGUGCCCAGAGUUGGAAAUGUAUGUUCGGCAGUCUACAAAUCGAGUUGAUGAAUACGAACUCGGAGCAGACGGGGAACCCGAUUACUCAAAGUUUAUCAAGGAGUACACGAGAUCUUCGGCAGAUAAAGAAAUUCCGCUCCCACAUGAAGUUAGAUCUAUAAAUGGACUCAUUAUUUCCAUGGAUUACCUUAUGGAUACUGUCAUGAACCUGUAUGAUUCCAAGGAGCGUCUGCGUUCUUUCAAUAGAGGAAAUUGGUUCAAUUUUCUCUGGAACAGAACUAGAAGCAUUCGCAAUGACAUAACAGUUCAAAACUUACAUACUGUCAAAUCAGCGGAACUCAUUGAAAAAAUUACACGAUUUCACAUUGUUUGUGGAUAUGUGCUUUGUGAUGCCGAUUAUCAUGAAUUUGACCCGAAAGUAAACAAUGAACAUUUCAGCAAGUCAAUGCAAACUCUAAAGCAUAUGUACUAUGAUUUGUCGCGAAAGAACAUAGCAUGUAAAAAUGAGGCUGAAUUCCGAGCUUAUGAGCUGCUAAAGCACCUGGACAGUCCUGGUACUGCACUGGUAGAAGCUGCAAAGUAUGCUCCGAGCGUGCUAAAUGACCCAACGUUUCAGUUGUCCUUGAAAAUUCACAGAGCUUACACGCAAGGUAAUUUCGUCAGAUUUCUAAGGUUAUACAAAAAAGAGGCUACAUUUUUGAUGUCCUGCAUUUUACAUCCGUGUCUGACAGAAACGCGGAAUGCAAUUUUGCGUUGCCUUUCCAUGUCUUGUGGAACUUCCAAAAAUAUUUAUUCCGGUAUUCAAAUCCAGCAGUUGCUUUCGUUUAGCGCGACUGAGCAGACAUUGGCUUUCUGUCAACAAUUUGGUUUUUCACUCGUUGAAAAAACUUUGGUGGAAGUAAGAAAACUUUCUUCUGACGAGGAACUACCUAGUGGGGAUAUUUUGAAUAACAAAGAACCAGAAAUGGUUGAAGUGAAACAGAAAUUGAGUUUUGGAGAAAUCGUGAACGGAUCGGAGCCGAUAGGCAGUAGCUAUAAGCAGCUGCUCGCUGGCAAAUUUAUUUCCAGAUCGGUAGUUUCUGUCGAAGUUGAUGAAGCUCCGGUAGAUGAACCCGAUAAUCAUGCUGUCGACUUUCUUGAAAAUGAUUUAAAUGCAAGUGAGACCUCAAUCGAUGAAGAUAGUUUGAAUUCUUUAGCAGGAGAUUUUUACGAAGAAAUUCUAACUGAGGUGCUUCAAGAUCAAAUAAAGGAUGCUCACAGAGAAAUUGUAACGAAGGCUAUUGUCCUAAGAGAUUUAAUGAUGCAAUUACAUGCGAAGAUAGAAACUGAAUUGGUCCAAGAAAUGUCAAUUGAAAUUUUGACCGAAGUCACGUACGAAUCGAGAAAAUCUAUUGUGGAUAGUUCUACUAUAGUAUAUGCUGAACUUCUCGAUGAUGUUGUGUCGUCCGAGUGUGAAAUUGUUUGUCGUACUGAAGUUGAUAAUCAAAAACGAGAAAAUCUAAUAAGCGAUAUAGCAAACGAUGUUUUUAGCGAAGUGGAAAUUGGGGUCGUGAAAGAUCUUGUUCGCGAUGUUGCUGACGAAAUUGUCAAGAGCGAGUAUGAAAGAGCGUCAGACAUUUUGUUACUUCGAAAGUACUAUAAACUGUGGAAACUUCAAAUGGGUAAAAGCAAGCAGGACCGGAUAUACAGGGAAAGUUUUCCGCCCAAAAUUGGAUCAUGGCAGGUUGCCGAAAAGAUCCCCGUAGUUAAUGCUUCGGAAAAGUUGAACUGUUUCUCAAACUUAAGCGAAGCUCAGCGAUGUUUGAACGAAGUUACUGCUAUUGAAAUAAGUACACCAUUUUCAACUGAUCAGCUUCUAACUGAAUGUAUAUCGAAAUUCGUUCAUUUGGCGAUUAUCAACGUUUCUCCAGCUUGUGAAUUCAGUGAAUGGUUUAUUGAAAAGUUAAGUGGCAAAAGAACGUACAAUGAAAAAAGUAUGUUACUCGAAGCUGAAAAUAAGGUGAUUCGGUUUGAAAAGUCUUCAAUGCUGUCAAAUAUUUGCAUUUCCUGGACAACAGUUGGGAACUCGCAAAAAGCUCUUGAAGAAUAUAACCCUAAUUUUGUCCUUAUUCUGGACCCGAUGGGUGUUAUCGAAGAAUCCUGGGUUCAAAACACGAGUGAGAAUAACGAAGAAGUUUUCACGACACUAUAUGUAACAACAUCAGAUUACAAUUUUUCGAAUGCUGAGAAUGACCAUCUGAAUAAAUUUGUGUUUGAUUGUAGUGAUCUACCGAGUUUUUACAGCUCAAGUAGACAUUUUCUGACACUAACGCAAAGAUGUAUAAAAGAUUGCACAUCGAUCUACCCAAUACCAAGGCCCAUUUCUUUACGCGGUUUUAUAUCUUCAUCGGUUAAGGAAUGGUUUUCUUUGUUUUUAUCACACAGUUACUUGAAAGGGUUGAAUGAAGCCUUUAAAGAACAAAUGACAAUAGAAUGGUUAAUGGAGUUAUACGACUCAUUAGUUAAUCAAAUGGAGUCUUUUAUUACCAGCAAUCAAAUUGUUUUCCCGCUUUCAAUUUUCAAAACAGCUAUUUCCGAAGCUUCUGAAGAUGAAGUGAAAAGCUUAUUUAAGUCUUUGAAAAUUUUCCCUAUGAACCUUUUACCGCUCGUGAACAGUUGUAAUACGUGGAUUGAGUGUCUUGACAUACUUGACAAGUUAAUUCAAAGUAUCUACGCUUUUGAAGAUGCUCAAAAUUUUGCUUCUAAACUGGAAAAAUUGCUGAUGGUUGAAUUUUCUCAAAGCGCUGAAAAAAUUGUGGAAUCCGCCCAAAAUUUUCCAUGGGUGUCAGUUUUGUGUGAGUUAAUUGCUCACAAUCUGGACUUCAGUUUUAAUGGUCUGGGAGAGCGUAAUUUGUUUCUAACUUGUCCAGAAUCAGAUUUUGUGUUUGAUAGACCCAAGUGUUGGCAUUUGUUCAUGAACUCAGUUUUGUCUUUUAAAAAGGUACUUUCUUACACUGUUAAUGGAACUGUAGUGCUUAUUAAAUAGGUUGAUGAAUGGAUGGAUAUCUUCGACUGUGAUUUGAAAAUGAAAAGUUAAUUGAAAAAUUUUGAUUUUACGUGACUAUUAGCAAUCUCAUCCGGCGGAAUGUCUACCCCUUUAACC